AUGGAAAUCCUGCCGGUCACGAGUCAGUUUAACGUCGGAUUCAAUAGUGAAAAAGCGUGGAAUGGGCCGACGUGGCGGGAAGCACCGGUGCCGGUUCCGACGGAAACGGCGCUGGCUCAGAGGCUCGAGAGAGAGCUGAGAGCGGCCAAAGGUGCCAGCGAGCUAGCCACCGCAGAGGUCCUAGUGCCGGCCGAGUUGCUCGCUAGGGCCUCGAGGCAGACGCUGGCGCUGGCGGAAGGAGAGCCCUGCGGCUCGAGAGGCGCGGCGGUCAUCGUCGACGUAGCGGGGAGGCGGCUGGCGGCUUUCAAGAUAGAUCCCAACACAUUGACGACGCAUGAAAUACACCUUCAUCUAGAACAUGACGCCACGAACUGGACGAGCCUGUUGCCGCAAUUCUUAAAAAAUUUAACGCGAGGCGGCACCAUCAUCAUCAGCCCCCAGUUCACGAUAGAGAAGAAAAAGCUCUUCCGGAGUCAAGCCGAGUGA